AUGUCGUUUGAUUCCUUCAGCACGUAUCAGCUUGAUACGCCAAAUAUGCUAGGUGGCCAGAAUGCUCAAUCUUCACAUGACAACUUUCAAUUAAGUCCAUACGAUACCUGCCAAGUCCCAGGCAUGAUUCAGUAUCAAAUGGAUAUGCAGCAAGAUCUAGAGGAAGAUGAGGAACCAAAAUCAAAUACGAGGCCCAAGCUCGGCUACAAGCGAGCUUCAUCAGCGUGCAGUAAGCAAGGUUCCCCUCCUCUGGCUUUUGGUCUGUACGCUCAUCCAUCUAACAUUUCCCCAGAACAAUGCAGGCAUCGCAAGAUAAGGUGCAUCGCCUCUUCUUCCGACGCUCAAGCUCGUUGCGUCAGCUGCGUCCGUUUGAAGAAAGAGUGCAGCUCUUACCUCACGGGCCGGUCGUCUGCUGAUGGCUCUGAUCUCAUUCGAGUAGCCAGGUUCUCUCCUUCUACCGAUGAGAGCUCAGACGCAUAUGAUCUAGCACAGACUUCUGCCAGCAUGGAGCAAUAUCUAGACAUGCAAAAGCCACCGUUGGAUUCAUCCAAAACGAGGCCUACAGCUUCAGUAGCCCCCAUUGGUAAUGGCAUCCCGUGGGUAGACGGCUUUGGAUCUGGAAUGAGAGUAUCAACAGUAGAAGGCCAGGUGAAUCUCAACAUGAGAAGCCAAAGUCUUCCAGAAUGGGAUCCUGCAGUCAUGGGGCAAGUUUCAAAUGCAAACGCAGUCGACUUCGACUCAUCCCAAAGAGGGCAGCUCUCAGAAGUGCCUGCUAUCUCACAGUUCCCAACAUCUGUGGAUAUGUCAAUCCCAUCAACUUCAUCAAUUCCACAACACGCAAACCCUCUAUCUCAACCAGAUCUCAACUUUCCAUGGGGCUCAAACUCCUAUGCACUGCCAAUUCGGUCCCUGUCCGGGUUACCUGAGACCGUGAAUAUCGGCAAUAUGGUCCACGUUGGCGGGGAGGCUCUCUUUGAUUUUCAGUCGAGCCCUUCCCCCAGCACCAACCAGCCACUUCCUUUGCAGAUCAGCCUGGCAGCACAGGGUCGCAGCCAGUCAUUGCCUUAUAACGGUUAUACCUUUGAUUCAUUCUGGGAAUGA